AGUCCAAGAAUUCCAGUCAACAUAAUCAAAGCAAAAAAGCUCAUCGCAACGGGCAAGCCUUUCCCUAUCCCUCUCGUACAAGGGCUGACAUGUGGUGCUCUCAGUAUCAAGAAGCCAAAGACCUCAAGAUACCCAUCUCUGAAAGGCACCGACCCCAAAUUCCGAAGAAACCACAGACAUGCGCUGCACGGAACAAUGAAGGCCUUGAAGGAGUUGAAGGAGGGCAAGCGGGACACUGCAUGA